UCCCUUUGAAGCCGAGAUAAACGGAGGAGGGGAGAGGUGAGGAAAAGGAGGUGAGGGUGUCGAGUGGGAGGGGCUUAAGAAAAUGCUGGGUAUAAGACCAGAGUCAGCCACACCCUAUUCCCUGGAGCAACUUCAGAGAGAAGAAAGGCAGCCAUGGUUGAAGAGAAGAAAGUCAAGAAGAAGAAGAAGAAGGAAGAGGAGCCAGAGGCUGCCGCUGCUCCAGCUCCACCCCCUCCAGAGCCAGAACCCGAGGCUCCAGCUCCAACCCCGGUCUCCUCCAAACCCUCUUCCAGAAAGUCCUCCUCCAGAAAGGCCAAGAAGACCGGCUCCAAUGUCUUCGAUAUGUUCACCCAGAGGCAGGUGGCCGAGUUCAAGGAGGGAUUCCAGAUGAUGGACAGGGAUAAGGACGGUGUCAUUGGCCUGAGUGACCUGCGAGCAGUAUUCGACGACGUCGGAAAGAUCGCCUCCGACAGGGAAUUGAGAGACAUGUUGGACGAGGCGCCCAAUCCCAUCAACUUCACGAUGCUUCUUCAGAUGUUCGCCGAGAGGAACUCAGGGCAGAAUGACGACGACGAAGUAGUAGCUGCCGCCUUCAGCGCCUUCAGCACCGAUGGAUGGAUCGACGGUGAAGUCUUCCGCCACGCCCUCAUGACCUGGGGCGACAAAUACUCCGCCCAGGAGGUCGACGAUGCCUUUGACCAGUUCGAAAUGGAUGAUCGAGGCUUCAUUGACACUGCUGCAGCGAUCGAACUGCUCACGGGAAAAGCUGAUACCGACGCUGAAGCCGAGGCUGCAUAGAUUUUCUAAGGUAUCGUUUAUAUGUGUGUAUUUGGUAUCUACACAGCGCUCUUUGGUACAAGAAUCAUAUGGUAGAAGUCUACGAAGAUGUGCUACCUCUCUCUCUCUCUCUCUUUAUUUCUCUCGAUAAUGAGGAUCGUCCAGUGAUAAAGACACCAUUGGAUACAAAGAUUAUCGUAACCUUUCAUUGACUCUUCCCACACACCUGUUUAUUUUUAUAUUCUUUCUCCCUUGAUCCUUUUUAGACAGAUAAAUUUCCUCAAAAUGAGCAUCUAUUUUCGUUGUCUAUUCGAGAAUCAAAUCAGCCCUUGCAAUGGCAGCUUUCAUGUACAAGAAGAUGAAAGAUAAGCUCGGUUACAUCUCAGCUCUCCCAACUGAACAUAGAGGUUGGUUUCAGAAUGGCUCCGAACCUCCCAAACAUAAUGUUAUUAUCAGUAACGUCGAUGAAUACUCGUGAGUUUUUGGUACUUACCAGCUUGUCACGAACUAUCCUGUUCGCCAGAUAGCAGAGCGACGAAGCAAUCUGUCGAUGAUGCCUUUCUUGCAAUGUGCAACACGGCAAAUUGGCUUUGUUGCGAGUGAGAAGGAAGUCCCAAGUCCACGAUGGCUCAUAGCAGAAAACAGUGUUGGAGGAGGGUAUAGAUCAACUAGAGAUUUUAUGUUCAGACACCGAUGUUUCUCUCCUAUAAGAAUAAACUUUCCAAAUUGUAA